AUGGCGGUGUCACCUUCAAGUGCCGGCACUCCCCCACAUAUGGCGACAACCACCCUCAAGGUAGAGGGCAUGACUUGCGGGGCAUGCACAUCGGCUGUGGAAAGCGCCUUCAGCGGCGUCGAUGGAGCUGGCGAAGUGUCUGUUAGUCUCGUCAUGGGCCGGGCGGUCGUUCAUCACGAUCCAACGACAUUAUCGCCCUCUCAGGUUGCCGCGCUGGUGGAAGACAAAGGGUUUGACGCCGAGGUUUUGUCGACCGAUAUGCCUCAGAGUACAGCCGAUGGCAGUAGUUUGCCGACGACGUCGGUCACGACGAUUGCGAUAGAAGGAAUGACUUGUGGGGCCUGCACUUCCGCCGUCGAAGGAGGAUUGACAAAUGUCCCCGGUAUUCAGUCUGUCAAUGUGUCGCUUCUCUCAGAGCGCGCAGUCGUCGAGCACGACGCCUCGGUUGUGCCGCCUGCGCAGAUCGCAGAGAUCAUUGAAGAUCGUGGCUUUGGCGCAACUGUGCUUGAUACACAAUUAAACCAGCCGACGGAUGGGCAAGACACGGCGACCCAGUCCCAAAACAUGUCUACAACGGUGGCUAUAGAAGGCAUGACCUGUGGCGCUUGCACGUCUAGCGUGACAAAUGCUUUUAGUAGUGUCGAAGGAGUUGUACAGUUUGACAUUAGUCUCCUUGCCGAACGCGCCGUUGUAGUCCAUGAUCCUCAGAUGUUGCCUGCGGACAAAAUCGCGUCCAUGAUUGAAGACGUGGGUUUUGACGCUCGCAUUGUGUCUUCUACACCGCAGACAGGCGUCGUCUCAAAAACAUCAAAACCCCUACGUCUUACGUUGUAUGGUCUUCAAGAUACGGCGUCUGCGAUCGCCUUGGAAGAGCUCCUAUCGCAAAGAGCGGGCAUAAAUUCAGCUUCAAUAGACUUCAUUACCUCCCGUGCAACCAUCCUUCAUAAUCCGGCAGUUAUUGGAAUUCGAUCUGUGGCUGAAGCAAUCGAAGAAGCUGGAUACAACGCAUUAUUGACCGAGUCCGACGACAACAACGCCCAGCUUGAAUCUCUCGCUAAAACAAAGGAAAUCCAGGAAUGGAAGAGGGCUUUUUUCACUUCGUUGUCGUUUGCGGUGCCAGUUACCCUGAUAACGAUGAUCUUCCCAAUGUGCAUACCGUUCCUCGACUUUGGCAGCACUCGUCUUUUCCCUGGCCUGUAUCUCGGCGAUGUGAUUGCCUUGGGCCUGACGCUCCCCAUCCAGUUUGGUGUUGGUAAUCGCUUCUACAAAAGUAGCUUCAAGUCUCUGAAACACGGCGCUCCGACCAUGGAUGUUCUUGUCAUGCUCGGUACUUCUGCGGCAUUCUUUUUCAGCGUAUUUACCAUGCUUGUGGCUAUUUUUGGCAGUGGACACGAGCGCCCGAGUACUGUGUUUGACACUAGCACUAUGCUUAUCACAUUCAUCACCCUUGGCCGAUGGCUAGAGAACCGAGCCAAGGGCCAAACGUCCAAGGCUCUCUCUCGACUGAUGUCUCUGGCGCCUUCAAUGGCCACUAUCUAUGAAGAUCCAAUUGCAGCGGAAAAAGCGGCCGAGGAAUGGAAUGAGAAAGGUGACCGCGAGCCCGCAUCUCAGACAGCAAACACUGGCCUGAGAUCUGUCCCCACAGAACUUCUUCAAGUUGGAGAUAUUAUUCUUUUGCGACCCGGUGACAAGGUUUCUGCUGAUGGGGUUGUCAUUCGUGGAAGAAGCUACCUAGACGAGAGCAUGAUCACGGGAGAAGCUAUUCCAAUCAACAAGAAAAAGGGCAGCACAGUGAUUGCCGGCACAGUCAACGGUGCGGGUUCUUUGGACUUUAAAGUUACUCGAACCGGCAGCGACACUCAGCUGAGCCAGAUCAUCAAACUGGUCCAGGAUGCGCAGACAAGCCGUGCUCCAAUCCAGCGCAUGGCCGAUAUUGUUGCGGGAUACUUUGUGCCAAUCAUCAUUGCCCUGGGUCUGUUUACGUUUACGGGCUGGAUGAUCUUGAGCCAUAUACUGCCGCAUCCGCCCAAGAUUUUCAUUGCUCCAAGCAACGGAGGCAAAGUGAUGGUCUGUCUCAAGCUUUGUAUUUCGGUGAUUGUCUUUGCGUGUCCGUGUGCUCUCGGCUUGAGUACGCCCACGGCUGUGAUGGUAGGUACUGGAGUUGGUGCUGAACAUGGGAUUCUCGUCAAGGGAGGCGCAGCACUCGAAGCCGCCACGAAAAUCAACCACGUCGUGCUGGACAAGACAGGGACGCUGACAGAAGGCAAGAUGAGUGUUGCCGAGGCCAAGCUGGAGCCGACAUGGACCUCCAACGACUGGCGCCGCAAGCUAUGGUGGCAGAUUGUCGGACUGGCCGAAACGAACAGCGAACAUCCCGUGGCGAGAGCUAUUGUCGCGGCAGCCAAGAAGGAAACAGGCGUCGAGAGUGAGGAUCCCUUGGAUGGAAGUAUAGGCACUUUCGAUGUCGUCGUCGGCAAGGGCAUAUCCGCUAUGGUCGAACCGACGUCGGCCGUUGAACGAACCCGUUAUCGAGUGCUACUAGGAAACGCAGUGUUCCUCCGUGGCAGCGGAGUUACUGUUCCGGAAUCUGCUACUAUAGAAGCUACGGAUGAACCGAUUGUUUCUUCCAAGUCCGAUGAAUCCGCAGGGUUUACGCAGAUCCAUGUCGCCAUUGACGGUCACUACACUGGUACUAUUUCUCUACGAGACGCACUCAAGGCAACAUCGGUAGCAGCCAUUGCAGCCCUCAAAAAGAUGGGGAUGAACAUCUCCCUCGUCACAGGCGACACGUACGCAGCGGCACUAUCAGUUGCCCGGGCAGUUGGCAUCCCCAGCGAUGCGAUCAAAGCCGGAGUGUCCCCCAACGAAAAGAAAGAAAUCGUCGAAUCCUUCCAAGCAGACGGAGACCGCGUAGCCAUGGUGGGCGACGGCAUCAACGACUCUCCGGCACUGGCCACCGCAACCAUCGGCAUCGCGCUGGCUUCCGGUACAGACGUAGCCAUGGAAGCCGCGGAUAUAGUCAUCAUGCGAUCUGACGAUCUGCUCGCGGUGCCCGCGGGUUUAUCUCUUGCGCGCACCAUUUUCAACCGCAUCAAACUGAACCUGGUAUGGGCGUGCGUGUACAACAUCAUCGGGCUCCCCUUUGCCAUGGGCGUUUUCCUACCCUUUGGCGGCAUCGCCCUCCCGCCCAUGGCCGCCGGUGCCGCAAUGGCUUUGUCCAGCGUGUCUGUUGUUGGAAGCAGUCUACUACUCAAAUUCUGGCAGCGGCCCAAGUGGAUGAACGCGGCGCGUCUCGAAAAGGAAGUCGAAAUGGGUUUGGUUCAGUCGAACGGAAAAGGCUUGUGGAAGGAGAACCUGGUUUCUGGUAGUGCUGGUGCUGUCUCGCUUGCGCGUGCUGUGCUGGCAAAAACUGUGUUUGGGAAACGGUCGGUGCAGGCCAGGGAGGAGGAAGGAUAUGUGCCUCUGCAGACUGUAGAGCAUUAG